AUGCCGAGAAAAGGAAUGAGGACCAUCUUCUUCAAGCCACCGCCCUCCGACCGUGCUGCGAGGCCCGCUACGGGCGGUGACCCUUUCGCCGACGCAUCAGUGGCGGAGCGGAUUGCGAGCGCAGAGCCUUUGAUCGAGAAGUGGGCGGCCGACUCCUCCUCCGGCACCUCCAGGUACGCCAGCACCGCUUUUCUCUUCCGUGAGGGCCGCCACGAAGCCGAGCUCUACCUCAGCCGCGUCAAGGACCUGCACUCCGCGAUGCUGCUCUGCAUCGGCGAGGUCUCGAACUCGGGCGUGAUCGUGCGGGCUCAUGAGCUGUUGCAGACCGCAGUGAGGCGGCUUUCCCUGGAGUUCCACCAGAUCCUGUCGUCGCACCUCCCCUAUCCUGACCACGGCGAAUCGGUCUCGAGCCGGUCUUCACGAACCUCUACCCUCUCGAGCUUCUCCGAUUUUGAAUAUGAGUCGGAGGAAGAGUUAUCGAAGAAGCAGUCCGCUGCUGAGCCGGUAAUGCAGGAAGAGGAGCGAGUUCCUGAUGCAGCGGUUUCCGAUCUAAAGGCCAUCGUGGACUGCAUGAUCGCUUGCGGGUACGGCAAAGAGUGCAUGGACAUCUACAAAAUCGUGCGAAGAUCAGUCGUUGACGAGGAACUGGAUCAUCUAGGGUUCGAGAGGCCGAUCCACCCUUGGAAGAUGCAGAAGAUGGAUUGGAAGGUUUUGGAAGUGAAGGUCAAGAGCUGGCUGAGCGCUGUGAAACCGGCAUUCCAGAGGCUCUUCUACGGUGAGAGGAUACUCUCCGACGAGGUCUUCACCGGGGCAUCCGCCUCAGUCAGGGAGUCCGUCUUCUCCCACGUUGCACGGGACGCAGCGGUUGCGCUGUUUGGGUUCGCAGAGGGGGCGGCGAAGGCUAUCAAGAGAUCUCCUGAUAGAAUCUUCUGCCUGCUCGACCUCUACGAGGCCAUUGCCAACCUCUGGCCGGGCAUCAAGGCCACCUUCUCCUACGACGCAACAUCCGCUGUCAGAUCACAUGCGAUAAAUUCACUUAUCAAGCUUGGCGAGGCGGUCCGCGUGACGCUCAGCAAAUUUGAGGCGGUCAUCCAGAAGGACUCCUCCAAGAAAUCAGCAGUCCCCAGUGGCGGCAUCGACCCGCUCACGGUCAACGUCAUGAACUACCUCGCCUUGCUCGCGGACUAUGGCGGUGUCCUCAAAGACAUACUCGUCAACUGGCCCGUUGAUGGCAGCCCCAAGCACCCGGGGUUCCCAGACUCCCACUUCGCUGGCUGCAACUCUUUCGCCUCCAUCGCCGCCAGAGACAGCGAUGCGUCGGCGAAGUUCGCAUGGUUUGCAUGGCUCGUUCUCGUCCUGCUGAGUAAGCUCGACGCGAAGGCCGAGCGGUACAAGGACGUGGCUCUCUCUUACCUCUUCCUCGCCAACAACCUCCGGUACGUCAUCGACAAGGUGGCUCGGUCCAGCCUGAGACACCUCCUCGGCGAGCAAUGGAUGGCGAAGCACGAGUCCAAGGUGAAGCUCUACGCGAGCAACUACGAGCGGAUGGGAUGGAGCAAGGUCUUCGCUUCGUUGGCCGAUCCGAGUGUCGAGAUUUCUUCGGGCCACGCGAAGGAAUCGCUGAGGAAGUUUGACGCGGCCCUGGAGGAGGUUCAGACCAAGCAGGCGGGAUGGGCCGUGCCCGACCAGAAGCUGAGGGACGAGAUCGCGUCGUCGCUGGCGGAGAAGCUCGUGCCCGCUUAUCGGCGACUCUACGACGGCUGUCCGAGGGGGGAUCCGGCGGUAAAAUUCACCCCCGACGAUUUGGAUAAUUACUUGGCCAGCAUGUUGCGCGCCACUGGUGGAGGAUUUUUGCGGCUGGACGCUUGGACUCUUAUUGCUGCCCGGGUCUCUGGAUCUCUUCAAAACACUUAA